AUGCGCAAGGAUGUAGCGGGUAAUCCAACUAAUACAUGCUUUUUGGUUGUCUCAUUUACAGAGUAAUGUCAUUUCUUCAGUUUUCCUUCUCCUGGUCAUCUCAGCCGAGCUUGUCGAUGCUCAACAUGGUCGUGGGGGUCGAGGUCGGAGUGGUGGUCGAAGUCGUGCUGGUCGAGGUCAUAAUCAUGGUCCAGGUCCUGUCCAAGGUCGAGGUCACAACCAUGGCCAAGGCCGAGUGCCAGUCCGGCCUCAUGCUCAUGGACCAGGCGGUGUUGGACAUCAUCAUCACCCCCCUCCUCAUCAUCACCAUCACCCUCCUCACCAUCACCAUCCUCCUCCUCCUAUUCCUUCAGUUGGAAUUGAGGUUCAUCAUCAUCAUCAUAAUCACGGGAAUCAGAGUAGUAAUACGAGGUAGGUUUUGGUAUAAAACUUGCACGGAGAAGGGACGGAGGAAAAAGUUUAAAAAUCUCAGAAAAAGUUCCUUAUUUUGGCCACAACAAAGGUACUCCGCGAACUGCGCCCAAGCGUGGGCAUUAAAGUUAGGAAAAAACGGUUCAACCUAGCUGGCACUGAAUAACUAUAAUAGCUCUAUAGUUUUAAGGGUACCUUCGAAGGCUGUGACGACGCGUUUAGUUCCAUACGGAGGCAAUACGUUUAGUUCCGGACAUGUUUCAUCGUAUAAAGUGUAAAAUCACAGGCUGCAGCCGUUUUUGAAGGGUAAGGUGGUACGUAAAAAAGAAGGUACCUCACUAACUAAAUCCACUGUCCGGGCAUUGACAACGAUGAAUUGAGCGUGCACGCUAAAUUUGGGCUAAUUCCGACCAGUUUCCGCAAAGUUAUAAGUUGUGGCCAAAAUAAGGAACUUUUACCAAACUUUGGAUUCACUGAACAGGGAUGGAGGAAAAAGUUCUGCAGAUUGGCCAACACUCCAAAAAAAUGAUAAGUCAAUGCGAGCUGCGCACAGGAAAAAGAUAGAAGCCUCAGCCAAAGCUAGUGUAACCGUAGACUAGCAGGGGAAGUACUCCAAGUGCAACGCUCAGAUUUUGAUAAAACUUGGCACAAAUUUAGAACAAUUUUUUCUAAGAUAUAUGCGAGAAUCCUAGCUCGCGUUUUUGCAGAAACAACCGAGAUUUUUAGAUCGAAAGUCGGCGAAAAUUUAGGAUUUUUUUUGCCGAAUUUCGGCACGAAAAGUUUCAUGCCUAUUUCUACCGUAAAGGAUAAUAUUUCUACAAAAAAUCAAAAUUUUCCGCACGAAACUGUCAAAGUUAUGGCCAAAAAGCGCUUUUCUCUCUGACCGCUCUCCGCGUUUAGCGCACUGCAGGAUGAGCCAAGUCUUUCUCCUUGGAUGGUCAAGUCUCCCUCUCAAAUUUUUAUUUUUUCAAGAUUAAUAUAAAUGUCUUUAUGUUUUAAUCUACAUAUAUGGACAGGACAAUAACUCAAAAAGUAAGUUAAAUUAUCUCUCUUUCUGACUAUACAAAACUUUUUUCGAUUACAUAUUGUUAUUAUUGCGCAUUUAGGCAUUAUAGAAGGUGCAUAAAUUUAGGUAAAUGCUGUUCGUUCUUGACAUUAGACGAACAACAUUCGAAAGUCUUACCCCAAAAAAGAACUGCCGUCGAGCCUUCUUCGUGCCAAAAUUAUUUCAGCAUGAAAAUGAUCUACAGUUUUUUUGUUGAUUAGAUUUUUGAUAUUACACUAGGUACUUUUGUCAAGUUGCAGGCAAAAUCUAAUGUUUUUGAAGUUUAAACCCGGAAAACUACAAAGCUGAGCCAUUACUAAACCGUCACCAACAUAAAUAUUCUUUCAAACCAGGGUUUGAGAUGUCUUAGGGUGUAAGUGAUCAAGUACAACCUGGAUCUAAAAAAGUCUCAAAUACCUCUCAUACUGUUUUAAACAUGUUUUAGAUCGACCAGGGACCUUUGAAAUAUGGUUUGCGAAGUAUUAAUACGCAUCUAUGGCCGCGGAUACAUAAAAAUUGUUCCAUACCUAAAAUCUGAAAAAAAAUCAAAAACGACAAUAAAAGGGGAAAUCACUGUUACGACGUUAAGAAUGUUAAAAGAAAGUUUUAUUGUCCAUUUAGACCUUAUAUGACGUAAAACGUGACCUAAUCUCGCCUUAAACUUACAAAAGUACCUAGUGUAAUAUCAAAAAUCUAAUCAACAAAAAAACUGUAGAUCAUUUUCAUGCUGAAAUAAUUUUGGCACGAAGAAGGCUCGACGGCAGUUCUUUUUUGGGGUAAGACUUUCGAAUGUUGUUCGUCUAAUGUCAAGAACGAACAGCAUUUACCUAAAUUUAUGCACCUUCUAUAAUGCCUAAAUGCGCAAUAAUAACAAUAUGUAAUCGAAAAAAGUUUUGUAUAGUCAGAAAGAGAGAUAAUUUAACUUACUUUUUGAGUUAUUGUCCUGUCCAUAUAUGUAGAUUAAAACAUAAAGACAUUUAUAUUAAUCUUGAAAAAAUAAAAAUUUGAGAGGGAGACUUGACCAUCCAAGGAGAAAGACUUGGCUCAUCCUGCAGUGUAGCGUGCUCUCUCGGCGGCAAAAAUCGUUCGAUAUCUCGGCGGCGCCCGCAAAGCGCGAGCUAAAACUUUCAGGAAUUGAUACUUAAUCCAUAUCCGACGUGUGUGCAAAAUUUAAAGAAAAUCCUGAGCGUCGCACUUGGAGUACUUCCCCUGUAAGUCUAAGCGUUGCGACUCUUACUAGCAACCGAGAUUUAGAGAAUUACCGAUAAGAAUUAAGAUUUUCUACCUUAAUCUACGUAGUAUGAUAGAAAUUUUGCACUGGCAACUCUCUGAUAUAGAUAAUUGGACGAAUAUAUUGAAUUCAUCCACCGCUUUCAGAGUUACGGUAGUAGGCCUUCAAAAAACUUCAAAAAGGGGCUUCUGAACCUUUCAGGAAACCUGUUUAACUUUACGGCAACUAUCUUCAGUGUCCUCAUUCUCUGAGGACACUGAACAUUUCCUACGCUGAGUAGUAAAAAGAAAAUGUCAUAUCUUGCAUAAAAAAUAUAAUACUUUUUAGCCCACCGAACACUACUACUGCUCCCGGACAUCAGGUGAGUUCAAAGUGAUGGUACUCGAAAUGCGAUGCUUAGAUUUGAAUGGAACUUGGCACAGAUUUAGAGCAAUAUUUUGAAAAACAUUUGUCAGAAAGGGCAGGCUGUGCCUUGCAGAAAGAACCGAGAUAUUUAGGUUGAAAGUUGGCCAGAGGUCGCCUUUUUUUUUGAUUUUUUGGCAUUUUUUUCAAAUUUUCAAUGUGCAAAAAACCCUGAGAAGCUUCUUCGCAGAAGCGACUCCGCACCGUGCAUUUUGUUUGUUAAUUCCGUCGCUUUCGGAAAAACCCUAUUUCCAACAGUUUUUUUUUAAAAUAAUUUUCCCCCGUAUUUUAGCACCUUGCCGUGAUUCACACCGGCUGCUGGUACUGUGGCCAUCGAGGUAAGUUCCUUUUUCCCAUUUUUUGGGAUUUUUGAAGUAAUUUUUUCCAAUUUUUACUCUACUUCAGGCUACUGGAUUGGCGGUGGAGUUGGCCUCUUUGUUUUGAUCCUGCUCGUUGUCAUUGUUGUCGCUGCUUGCUUUGGAGGUUUUGCGGUAGGUUGUUGUAACAUUUUUGUUGAUUUUUUUUGUAAUUUGGGAAAUCGACCAUUUUAUCGACCAUUUUUUUAUUUUUGUAUUAAAAAAUUUUUUUGUAAAUUGGAAAAUCGACCAUUUUAUCGACCAUUUUUUAUUUUUUAAUUUUAAUUUUUUUUGGGGAUUUGGGAAAUCGACCGUUUUUUCGACCAUUUUUUAUUUUUUUUUUUUAAAUUUUUUUUGUAAAUGGAAAAUCGACCAUUUUAUCGACCAUUUUUCUAUUUUUUAAUUUUAAAUUUUUUUUUGUGAAUUGGAAAACCGACCAUUUUAUCGACCAUUUUUUCUAUUUUUUAAUUUUAAAUUUUUUUUUUGGGAUUUGGGAAGUCGACCAUUUUAUCGACCAUUUUUUUAUUUUAAUAUUAAAAUUUUUUUUGUAAAUUGGAAAAUCGACCAUUUUAUCGACCGUUUUUUCUAUUUUUUAAUUUUUUCAUUUCUAGUGGUGUUGUGGCGACCCCUACCACUGCGAUGACAGCGUCGUUAGCUGUGAACAGCCUCAAAUAAUCUAUCAACAGGCCCCGCCGCCGCCACCUCCGCCACCGCCCCAACAGAAGAUUGUGGUGGUUGAAAGGUGCUGA